AAUGUGUCCGGUUUCUGUCUCUCUCUCUCUUUCCAAUAAAAACAAACAAAUUAAAAAAAAAGUGCUUAGGGAUCGGAGUUGGACCCGGUGAAGAUGAUGUCGCAAAGCGGCGGUGGACCAGACUUCAGUCUGUCGGACGAGAUUCUGGCAAUUAUCCCCACCGAUCCAUAUGAACAACUAGAUCUCGCAAGGAAGAUCACUUCAAUGGCGAUCGCAUCCAGGGUGUCCAAUCUAGAGUCCCAAGUAUCCGUGCUCACGCAGAAGCUUGUAGAGAAGGAUAGGAUUGUGUACGAGCUAGAAGGUAGAGCAUCUUCCUUGGAAAGACUAUACCAUGAGUCUGAUUCCUCCUUGAAGAAUGCACUCGACGAAAAUGUGAAACUAAGACAAGAGCGAGAUUCGCUGGCGAUGACUGCCAAGAAACUCGGUCGUGAUUAUGCAAAGCUGGAAGCAUUCAAGAGACAGUUGAUGCAGUCUUUGAAUGAUGAGAAUCCAUCUGUAUGCUCACCAUCACUCCCUCCUUUUUUUUUUGUAUAUAUAAUCUACCCACAGUCUCACCUUACAUGCUCCCACAUUACAUCCCUUUUUUUUUUCUUAAAGCAGACCGACAACAUUGACGUCAGACAGGUUGCUCGAGACAAAGAUGAGAAUUCAAAUGGCUUAUCCACACUCGAUUCUUUCUCCAACAACAACAACACCCAAGGUUUACGGCAAAGAGCCUCUUUGACUCCCCCCGGGCUAACUCCUAGCGGAACACCAAAGAUGGUGUCAGCUGUUGGAUCUCCGAGAAGCUACUCUGCUGCAUCAUCGCCAAAGCUGUUCUCAGGAGCCGCAUCUCCAACAGCCUCACAGUAUGAUAUACGCAUGUGGUCUUCAUCAAGCCAGCAAUCUUCUGUACCAAACUCUCCUCCUCGCUCACAUUCUUCUACUUCAGCUCGCCAUGCGAGGAUUGAUGGGAAAGAGUUCUUUAGACAAGCCAGGAGCCGUUUGUCUUACGAGCAGUUCAGCGCAUUCCUAGCUAACAUCAAGGAACUAAACGCUCGGAAGCAGAGCCGUGAGGAAACGUUAAGGAAAGCGGAGGAGAUAUUCGGGACAGAGAACAAUGAUCUUUACAUAUCCUUUAAAGGACUUCUCACCAGCGGCCGUUGAUAUUUUUAUAUAUAUAUGAUAUCAUACCACCAACCUUUUUUUAGCUUCUUCUCAUACUCUUCUCAUGACCAAUUUAGUCAUGGCUGAUUUCAAUAAGAUUCUUUUUCUAAUA